CUAAAAUACGUAAAUUGAUUUUAAAAUAGCCUAUGAGUUUAAAAUACAUACACAUAUAUAUACGCAAACACGUAUGUGUGUAUAUACCGUCAGGAGAAUGAAAAGACAGCCCAGAGUAGAGAAAGUGUUUACAAAUCACAUAAUGGACUUGUGUCCAACAUACAUGUUUUACUUUUGUGUGUGUGUAUAGGUGUAUAUACACAGCACACACACAUGGAGCGUGCCUCAUCUCUGCGUGGUCUUCACAAUAGCUGACAAACUCUUGGUGAUUCAGUCCUCGCUUGCUUCAGGUGCGUCUCCCAGCUUGAGCCUCGUGCCCCAGCCUUACCCAACUCCUUGCACUUGGCCGCACACCACGCUCUCCCUGUUACAUGCACCCACACAGCCAGUUUCUUUUUGUCAGUAAUUCUCAGCAUUGUUGGAGGAUUAAAAGAGACAUUACAAAUGAAGUAUGUGGAACAGUGCUUGGCACAAAGUAAUUGCUUGACAGAUGUCACUUAUUCUCGUUGUCAUCUUGUCGUAAGUAUUCCCAGAUUCAGCUCUGGCAGAUCCCAUUCUUAGAGCUGUCUCUGACUCGGUUCUCCCACAGCGCCCUGAUGUGUGUCGUGUGCCCUGUGCGUUGGGUGAUUAUCCUAUUCCUGUUGGCCUCUCAUGCUGAGCACAGUGCAUAAGGCCCUACGGGGUCAUAAGUGUUCCCUGUUAUGUGAAAUUCCAGCUUCUCCUUAUUCUCAUCAGGAUUUUAAAAUUCGUUAGUCUCUUUAAACAAACAAAUUAUCCCUCAGCUCCCUGCUUCUCUACUUUGUUUUAUAUUUUCUUUCACUCCUCAGUCUUGUAUUCUUUCAUGACCGUGAGUCUUAAAAACUUGUAUAUGAUGAAAGUAACAUGUAACUAACAUGUUUUGAACAUACAUGUCGGGCACUAGUUUUUGUUUUUUUAACCCUGGUAAAAUACACCUAAAAUUUCCCAUCUUACCGUUUUUAAGUGUACAUUCAGCCCGUUGUGCGGCCAUCACCACCAUCCAGUCAUAGAGCUCUUCGUCUUGCAAAACGGAAACUCUUUCUAUUAAACAGGAACUCUCUCUUCCUCCUGCCCCACCCAGCCCCUGCCAACCACCAUUCUGCUUCUCUCGAUGAAUCUGACUGCUCUAGAGACCUUGCAUAAGUGGGAUCACGCAGUACUACCCUUUUGUGGCUGGCUUAUUUCACUUCGCUAGCAUAAUGUCCUCAAGGGUCGUCCACGUUGAAACACGGCUUUGACCAUAGGCCAGCUGUCCACUGUGGGGCUGUGCUGUGAGUUGCUGCACAGACGGCAAAAGCUCUAAGAGAAACCCCCCUCUUCCUGCCUAGAGGAACUGUGGAGAGGGGCCCCUGUAAGCAGAAGCGUGUGAGGGGGAGGCACGAGAUCUGGAACACUCAGAACAAUUUUGAAAAAGAACAGAGUUGGAGGACUUGCUCUGUCACAUGUCAAGACUUACUCUGAAGCUGUAAUCAAGACUGACGUUGGCAAAGGGAUAGGUACACAGUGAUCGACGGCACGGGAUAUGUGCUCCCAAGAUAGACGACACACAUACGGCCAGUUAACUUUUGACCAAAGUGCAAAGGCAGUUCAGUGGAGGAAGGGUAGUCUCUUCAGCAAGUGGUACUGGAAUAAUCAAACAUCCAUCUACAAAAAAGGGAAGCUCAACUAUACCUCGCAUGUUAUAUAAAAAUUAUAUAAUAGUAAUAAAUCAUUCAUAAAAAUUAUAAAGAUCUAUCAUACACUGAAAGUAAAACCUAAAACUUUAAAACUUCUGGAAGAAAAUAGGAAAUGUUUGUCAUCUUGAGUCAAGCUAAGCAUUGUUAGAUAUGACACCGAAAGAAUGAUCCAUGAAUGAAAAGUUGAGGGACACCUGGGUGGUCAGUCAAUUAAGCAUCUGCCUUCGUCUCAGGUCAUGAUCCCAGGGUCCCGGGAUCCAGCCCCACAGCAGUGGCAGGCUUGCUCAGUGGGGAACCUGCUUCUCCCUCUCCCUCUGCCUGCCACUCCCCGUGCUUGUGCUCUCUCUCUCUCUCUCUGACAAAUAAAAUCUUUAAAAGAAAGAAAAGAAAGAGGAAGAAAGAAAGAAAAGUUGAGCUGGACUGCGUCAAAUUUAAGACUUCUGUGCUCCGACGCUGGCAAGAGAAUGAGAGACAAGCCACAGACCGUGAGCAGAUAUUGCAAGUGAUAUCCUAUCAGAGGACUUUUAGCCAGAAUAUAUAAAGAACUCUAAAAACUCAAUAACAACACAAAUAACUCCCCAAAUAAUAAAGAUUCUAGCAAACAUCUUGCCACAAAAGGUACACAGAUAAAAGGCACAUGGAAGUGCCUGAUUAGUCAGUGGGGGAAUGCCACACGAGAUACACUGCACAUCUAUUAGCAUAGCUAAAAUUAAAGGUUAACUUUUUAAAAAACCCUACCAGACUAGGUGCUGGGGAGGGUGAGGAGCAAUUGUGAUUUCCGCACACUGCCAGGUGAGUACAACAUGGCACGGCUCCUUGGGUGAGUGGUUGGGCAGUUUCUCAUAAAGUGAAACCUGCGUUCACCCAGCGACGCUUUCUGAAGUGUUUACCCAAGAGAAAUAAAAACGUGUACACGGAUAUGUGUGCAAAUAUUUACAGUGGUUUUAUUCAUCACCACCAGCAACUAGAAACAACCCACGUUUUCCGGGUAGUGAACGGAUGAACACAGCGGUCCAUCCACACGGGAGAAUUAACCACAUAGCAGUAAACGCUCUUACUGCUGCUGCCGAAACGUGGGUGAGUCUCAGGCACGUCAUGCUGAGUGGAGGGCGCCUGACUCAGGAGGCUCCGCGGGCUGUGAGUCCGCUUACGGGACAGUCUGGAAAGGGCAAACUGAGGGUUACAGAGAACAUGGAUGGUGGCCGGGAUUUGGGGUGGAGGAAGGCUUGACCGCAGAGGGCGCGCUCAGGGACAGAACUGUGUUGAGACCAUGGUCAUGGUCACACACCUGUGUGCAUUUGUCAGAUACUCACACCUGUACACCAGAAGGAGCAAUCGUUACUGUACGUAAGCUUUAAAAAGUGAGAAACAAAUUCUAGAUCCAUCUGAACUAAAGCCCCAUUCCCACCCCAGCUCCCACCCCUCCCUGCCAAGGUCAUGGUAGUGCUGCCGUGAAGUUGGUGAGUGCCGUCCUUGCUUGCUCCCACGUUCUUACUGUGCAUGUUUGUAUAAUCGUGGGAGGACAGAUGGUCGCUGUGUUCUAAACAUUUAUAUAAAUGGUAGAAUGGUAUGCGUAUUUUUUUUGCAACAUGAUUUACUUCUCUCAACAUUGUGUUUCUGAGUUUUAAUCAUGCCCAGAUCUGUUUCAUUUAUCUUCAUUUCCUAUCUCAGUCACUCUGCCAUCUUCACAAAACCCACGGACUGGGCCUUCAACGACAGACCGUUAUUCUCACGGUUCUGGAGGCUGGAAGUCUGAGUUCGCGGUGGCGGCCUGCAGACGGUCACCUUCUCGCGGUGUCUCACUCAGAGGCCAGCGACCUCUCCCCGCCCCUCCUCUUCUGUGAGGACACGGACCCCAUCUCGGGGCCCCGCCCUCAUGACCUCCCUUCCCUCAACCCCCGUCUGAGGUUCCCCUCCGGUUGCCAUCCCGCCGGGGGUUAGGGCUUCCAUGGAGGAGUUUGGGGGAUGCAAACAUUCAGUUCUUAGCACUUUUUAACAUCUCAUUUGGUGUUUAAUAAUAGAGCGUUUUUGACAUUUGUUAAAAUGAACUACACCGGUGCACGUCUAUUCGUCUCUUAUCUCCUUGUCCCCAUGCCUGAGGCUACGGCUGGAAAUGGAGUUCCCACCUUGUAGGGCGUGCACACCGCACUGCAUUAAUUAUCGCUGUCUCCAUACAAGCGCGGCAUCCGUUACGUCCCUGCCCAAGCCUGUGUCCCCACAACCUCAUCCCUUGUGAUGGACGUUUGCAGACCUUGAUGGUACCCCAUUCUUUUCACUUGCAUUUCCCCAGUUGCUAAGGAAGCUGAAUGUCUUACUUGUUUGUUCGCAGUUUGUUUUUCCUGUCCAGAAAUUGCCAGUAAGCCGCCUUUAUUUCUGGAGUUGGGGCUCAUUUUCCGUUUUGCUUGUCCUUGCGAGGGCUGGCACUCUGUUUUAGUCCAAGCCUGUGGGACUUGGUCCUGUAGAGCGUCCCACAUCUAGUGACGGCCAUACCACCCCGACCGCACCCAAGCUCGUCUAAUCGCAGAGGCUGAGUAGGCUCGGGCCUGGUGAGUACCUGGGUGCGAGAACAUCCCACAUUUAGGGUGCAAGCGUCUAACAGUGCAUCGGUCUGGUGUUGGGGUCAAGGGUUUCAGGCUGGUGACACAGCGUGUAGAGUGCCUGCCAUGUGUCCAUGUGCUUUCUCUCGUUUCUCCCAUUUCUGGAGGGGAGGCGGGCACCGAAUGUGGUUCCCAGAUGGCAGUGCUCCGCAGUGACGUGGUGCUUUUCCGCAGGCUGGAAAUACAGGGGCCUCCUGGGAGAGGACCGGUGGCAGAGUGGUCCUUCCAACCAGCACUAAGCCUCCGUCGGAAGGGCGUCCUGCCCUCAGGCACCCACCUACCAAGUGUUGCAGCUGAAGCCAGCAGGGUGGCCCCCAGUAGCACGCUGGCCUGCUCAGACGUGUGCUUCCUCCCAGGCCCUGCCAUGUCCGGGCCCCACAGCCCAGAAGUGGCCCUCAGCAGACAGGGAGACCCCUCCACAGGCACGAGGGAUGAGGAUGCUGCUGAUGGGACCCAGCACUCACACCGCAUGCUGAGCUUCAGUGACGCGCUCCUGUCCAUCAUCGCCACUGUGAUGAUCCUGCCUGUGACCCACACGGAGAUCUCCCCAGACCAGUUUGACAAAAGUAUACAGAAACUUCUAGCCACCAGGAUUGCUGUUUAUCUGAUGACGUUUCUCAUCGUGACUGUGGCCUGGGCAGCACACACGAGACUGUUCCAGGUUGUUGGGAAAAUAGACGACACACUUGCCUUACUCAACCUGGCCUGCAUGAUGACCAUCACCUUCCUACCAUUCACCUUCUCCUUAAUGGUGACCUUCCCCGAGGUGCCUCUGGGCAUCUUCCUGUUCUGCAUGUGCGUGAUCGCCAUCGGGGCUGUGCAGGCGCUGAUCGUCGUGUACGCGUUCCACUUCCCCCACCUCCUGAACCCCCAGAUGGAGCGCGCCGCGCACAGGGGCCUCUACCGGCGGCACAUCCUGGGCAUCGUGCUGAGGGGCCCAGCGCUGUGCUUCGUGGCUGCCGGCUUCUCCCUGUUCUUCUGCCCCUUGUCGUACCUGUUGAUGGCGACGGUCAUCUUCCUCCCCUACGUCAGCAAGGUCUCCAGCUGGUGCAAGAGCAGGCUUGUGGGCCCCCAAGAGCCCCCAGCUCACAGUGUGGAGUUCUUCACCUUUGACCUGCACGAACCUCUCAGCAAGGAGCGGGUGGAGGCCUUCAGUGACGGGGUCUAUGCCAUCGUAGCCACACUCCUCAUUCUGGACAUCUGCGAGGACAACGUCCCGGACUCCAAGGACGUGAAGGAGCAGUUCCACGGGAGCCUGGUGGCCGCGCUGAGCGUGUACGGGCCGCACUUCCUGGCCUACUUCGGCUCCUUCGCCACGGUGGGCCUGCUCUGGUUUGCCCACCACUCGCUCUUCCUGCACGUCCGCAAGGUCACGCCGUCCAUGGGGCUGCUCAACAUGCUGUCGCUGGCCUUUGUGGGCGGCCUCCCGCUGGCCUACCAGCAGACCUCGGCCUUCGCCCGGCAGCCCCACGACGAGCUCGAGAGCGUGCGUGUCAGCUGCGCCAUCAUCUUCUUCGCCAGCAUCUUCCAGUUUGCCAUCUGGACCACGGCCUUGCUGCACGAGGGGGAGACGCUGCAGCCCUCGGUGCGGUUCGGGGGACGUGAGCACGCGUUCAUGUUCGCCAAGCUCGCGCUGUACCCCUGCGCCAGCCUGCUGGCCUUCGCCUCCACCUGCUUCCUGAGCCGGGUCAGCACAGCCAUCUUGCACCUCACCCAGAUCGCCGUGCCUUUCGCCUUCCUGCUGCUGCGCCUCCUCGUCCGCCUGGCCCUGGCCGUCCUGCGGGCCCUGCGGGGCCUCGGCCGGCCGGCACACGGGGGCGAGGAGGACGCGCGGGCCCCGCUCCUCCCUUCCACCUGCUAG